UUCAACACCACCGCUGCUCUCUCUUCUCCUCUCCUGCUUCUGCUACCUUCCAUUCAUUUUAUUUCUAUAACAUCGUUCAUUCAAUUGCAUUUUUACCUUUGUUCGCAAUUGGACCGGGUGAUCCCUUCGACACCCGUUGUCUGCACUUUCUAUUCUGCCAAAGAUCCGCAGUGUUAUGGUUCCGAUUCAUGGUUCCGAGCCAACCGUUGUCGAUCUCUUGACCUCCGUUCUCAACACCACGUAACUAACACCGACUUUGCAGCGCCUGGUCGCCCCACCGAAAGUCACGUCACUGAGUUGAAGGCAUCGGUACCAACGUCGCCUAGACCUAUUGUUAACCACCUCUCUCCCCGCGCAAGGUCCGAGAGGUAACCUAACGAACGAGCGAGAACACAGUAAUCGACCAAUCCAGAUCACCACACUCACUCAAGAAUGGAAACAUAUCAUGGGCAUGUCCGCACCCCAGCGGACGCAAUCAUCCUUUUCGAAGCUUGCCGCAUCGGUCUACUCCCACGAGUCCAGCGUCGCUUGUCAGAGAAGGAGCGCCAACAAAUCAAGUCAGGGUCUGUUUUCGUUUGGGAUGAACGCGAAGCUGGUAUGAGGAGAUGGACAGACGGAAAGUCCUGGAGUGCCAGUCGUGUAUCCGGCAGUUUCUUGACAUAUCGCGAAAUGGAGGGAAAGCGAGGAGGUGGAAGUAAUGGCUAUAUCCCAGAUAAGAAGCGGCCGAGCGGCAAGUCCCCCGACGGUUCAGCCACUGGAGAUUCUGAGGGGGAGGGUCCCGAUGGAUACCGCUACAAGCCCGACGGGCUCAUGAAGCAAUCUUUCAGUAUCACCACAUCGCAGGGACAACACCUCCACCUCAUCAGCUAUUUCUCCCGCUCCAGCCCAGCAGCCAACAACCUCCAACAACCAACGACAGAUCCGCAACUUCGCCAUAUCCGACCGCCCAAGCAGAUGUAUCCAGAAUCCUCCGUCAACGAGACCGCAACCGUACCCCCAAUGACACGUACGCCCAUGCCUGGCUCCCCAUAUCCGCAACCACCACCACAGGCAACAGCUUCUCCCUCACCCUACGCCGCACCUCACCGAUCACCACAUGCCGUCAUGGUGUAUCCGCCGACUCCCCCAUACGGUUAUCAAUUAUAUCCUAGCCCUCUGGCCGUAGGCUACCCCCAGGUCUAUUUCGCGCCUCCUGGCUACCCACAUCAAGGAAUGAAUGGAUUGGCCCCCCAGCAUGCUCCCCAUGCAUAUUUUGCCCAACCACAACCGCAUUUCGUACCCAAUAUCCCCCAACGAAGCCCGCAGCCGCUUGAGCAUCUGCAGCAGUCGGCACAGGCGCCCGCGCCACAACCACCACAACCGCCUAGCCAUCGCGUGCCUUCAGUGAGCGUCACCCUACCCGAACCAGGACCGCAACUUCCCGCAAUCAAUGGCGCGAUCGCGAAGCCAUCCUCCCCUCAACCCUCAGAGAACAAGACCAAGGAGUCGGCUGCCGCAGAAAGCACCGACACAGGUGCUUCUACGAGGAAUGUACCUAGCAUCAACACUCUGUUGAACGAGACCAGCGCGAAUACCCAGAACAACAGCCGUUCCGGAAGUCGUAGCCCCGGUAACAACCAACGUCCACUGCCACCCAUGGCGACUGGAAUGGCAACCCAUUCCAGCGCUACCGCUGUUUCGGAGAACGCGAUCAAUAAGCUCAACUCAACCUUCCGUUGAAAUGUUUACUGGAUUUGCAAAUCCACAGUUCUACAUAUUUUUGCGUAUGACUUUUCCUUUAUCUAUUUUGCAUCAAUUGGCCGUGGUUGGCCCAGGGGUGGCAUUUUGAACUUUAGCGAGCUUCAUGCAUAUCUCAAUGGCGUUUGUAUUUUUCUGUUUCCAUAAUGACAUGGCGACGAUGGGAACUGGUUAUAGCACGACGUAUAAAAAGGGUUGCUCAAGGCGUAUAUAUGGGCAGUUGUACUCGCAACGGACGUCGUUGUCGAGAACUGUAAUUCUGAUAUUAACAAACUCCAUUGUUGAAGUCGAU